AUGGCCCUGGGUAAGACCACCAAGACCAUCUCCCUCAUUAUUACCGAUCGAGCGCUUGGUCGCAGUACCAAAGACGCAACAAAGGCUGCCUUGAUACUUGCACCCGUUUCAGUGAUGAGCAACUGGAGUAACACAGAUGCAGAAUCAUACCAACCCGGAACACGCGCUCCGUGUCAUGUUCUGGCAUGGACAAAAAAAGGGAGCCCAUCACGCCCGAGACUACUGAGAAUUACAAUGUGGUCAUUACUACGUACGAGUCUAUAUCGUCUGAUUGGUAUUCGCAAAAGUCCACUGCCCUGCCUCGUAAGUCAGGCCCCAUUCUCCAUCAAGUGGCGUCGCGUAAUCAUGGACGAGGCCCACAACAUACUACUCGGCAAUCCCAAAGCCAAGAAAACUCUUGCCAUUUCCAAUCUCAUGGGCUCAGUCCGCGAUGGAGUCUUACAGGCACACCGAUUAUCAACAACCCCCCAAAAAUAUCUCUACACUCAAGUCCCGCUUUCCUGCGUCUCUCAGGCGAGCCUCGAUUGCCUUUUUUCCGACGUCUUUCCACAGCGCCAUCAUGCGUCCCCGUUAACGCAAGGGUCCAGCAGGUCCUUCAAAUUGCUCAUGUCAGACAUUUGUCUGCCGUCGCAAGAAAGAAAUGUCGUUGAUCGACCUGGCGAUUAUACCGCCCCCCCCUUUCCCAACCCCCCACAACACACCUUCACUUCCUCCCCGGAAACAACUACCCUGCUCGCCUCCCUAUCCGUCUGCAGCCAAGACCUCAACCUCAUCGCUGCGAACCAGGUCAUCCCCGCCGACUCGUGGUGGGCGCCCGCGAUCGAGAGGAUUAGGCCGUUGAUCGCGUGUAUUGGCUGGGCCAGACGCGUGAGACGAGGGGUUUUCGGCUCGUGGGAGAGGGUGCUGGGGAUUUCAGGGGAGAAGAGACGGUUGGCGGGUAUGGCGUUUGCGGAGAAGGAGGGCGUGAAGAGGGGGAUUUGGUGA